GAUGAGAUGAACAGCCAGUAUUAUAUCUAUGUGCCUGACGUCUGUGGAUCUCUUGCUUCUUUCACUUUUCAUAUGAAGUCAUAAAGAUGUCAAGAACCGUGCUGAUUUUUAACUGUGUUCCAACCAGCCCUGGGUGAUGCAACGCAUUAAUAAAAACGUGGUUUUGGCUGUUCUGACUGCAGCAAGUUCAUUAUUUCUAAUUUUUCAGUUGUUUUACUUUAAGUAUUACUUAUCUGGAAAGAAUGGUCCGGGUUUUUCCAACCUGAAGGGAAUCAUAUCAUCACAAGAGACUACACAAUGGAGAGUGGUGAAGAAGUUUUUAAACUUGGUGACUAAUCACAAAGUACCAGUGUUUGUAGUGGACUCUGCGCUUUUACAAAUAAUCAACAAAGACCUGGAACAGUUGAAAAGCACCCCUGGUAUUCGGCCCCAGUGUCAUUGCUUCUGUGAGCAGAGAGAUGUUACUACUUUUGGACUUCAAGAUGCAUUAUGGGAGUCAAAUGAAAACUUUUUUCGAGCUGCUGAGAAGAUGGGAUUUCAGUGGCAGAAGUAUGAGGGAAGAGAUCCAAGACUUGAAGGGAUUGAAGACCUGUCAGGAACAAAAAUCCCACUGCACUACAUCUUCAAAAUGGCAUCUCAUACCAUCCACUUGGUUGUGUUUUAUGAAAGAAGUAGCAACUACCUCUGGCAUGGCCCUCUAAGGCUAAAGCGAAAGAUGGACAGAAAGUUUGUGCCUUUCCAGAAACUUCAGUUUGGUCAAUACGCAGGGGCUUAUAAUAGACCAGAGCUGAUCCUAAUUACUGCUGAUCAAUUAAAGAUGUGGAUUCCAAAGGACCCAUCAGAGUUUUUGAGGGAGAUACUGCACUCUAGGUUUCUCGAAUGUCGGUAUAAAGAGGCUCGGUCAUUUUUCCAGUUGUAUCCUGAUGACUACUCAGUGGAUGCAAUAGAAUUUAGAAUGCAUGCAAAACGGCUGUUACACUUGGCAACGUUAACCUUGGGCGAUAUUGGCGUCACCUUCUGGCUAAGCAGCGGGACCUGCUUAGGCUGGUUCAGGCAGUGUAAUAUUAUACCUUACAGUAAAGAUGUGGAUAUAGGGAUAUUUAUACAUGACUACAAGCCUGAAAUAAUCCCAGCUUUUCAGAAGGCAGGACUUCAGCUGAAACACAAAUUCGGCAAGGUGGAAGACAGUUUGGAGCUGUCUUUUAUUGAGAAACACAAUGUGAAACUUGACAUUUUUUUCUUUUACGAGGAAGAAAACUAUAUGUGGAAUGGAGGAACGCAAGCUAAAAGUGGCAAGAAAUUUAAAUAUUUGUUUCCUAGAUUUACCCUUUGUUGGACUGAAUUUGAAGAGCUAAAAGUGCAAGUGCCCUGUGAAGCGAAAGAAUAUGUGGAAGCCAACUAUGGGAAAAAUUGGGAUGUUCCUGUGAAAGCUUGGGACUGGAAGAAUUCUCCACCCAACGUGCAACCCAAUGGCAUUUGGCCUGUUGAUGAGUUUGCUGAAGUUAUCCAGAUCUACUGAAGAAAACUGUGAAACAUGCAACAGUGGGGAACCAUACAUAGCAAGGGCAUAUUAAUAUAUAAAAAAGUUCCUAACCAGAAUUCUGUCUUGGCCCCCUCUGUGUAUCUCAGUUCUGAAUUUAUUGUGCACCUUAAAUAUUUGCUAGUUCCAUUUAGUGUAUUGUGGUAUCAAAUGCAAGCAAAGUGUUUAUAUUUUGGGGACAUUCUUGUCCUAAAGAAUACACUAUUUUAUAUUUAUAUAUAAUAGUAUAAAUUAUAUAUAGGGGGAUCCACCACUUAAGUGGUAUUUUGUUUAAGCAUCAGAUUUAUCAAAAUGUGUGUUUAGACCUUAAUACAUAAAAACUCACCCGCAUUCUAUUCAUUCCUAUGGGAUUUUUAGAAGUGUAUUUAUCAAUGGGUGAAAGAACUCACCAUUCAAUAAAAACGCUUCUAAAAAAAACCCAUAGGAAUGAAUAGAAUGUGGGUGAGUUUUUAUGUAUCAAGCUCUUAACUGCAAUUUUGAUAAAUCUGCCCCUAAGUAACAUGAUACAUUAUUUUAAAAGAUUUUCUUAUUAAAUUUUCAUCUAUGUUCUUUUCAAACUAUUUCAAACAGUGUUGCUAAUAAGACUAUAAAUAAGACUAUUUCUGCAAGGGGAUGAAAAAAAGUGAAUUGAUUACCAUUGUAUAUCAGCUAUGGAUUGAAUAUGUAUACAUUUCAGUAUUUUUUAGGAUGAAAAACAUUUGAAUUAAGGUUAUGUGAAUGAGGCAGUAGGCAGUCUUUCUUGCAUUUGGAUUCUAUAAAAGUUCCUUGGAGUUCAGCAAAAGGCCUUGUUGUGUGGUAUGGUUAGACUAUGGUCCUUAGCCUUCUUUAUAAAGAAACAUCACAACGGCACCAGUAAUUCCAUGAAAUAUAAUAAGGGAAACAUAAGUAGAGAUUGUUAUGAAUAGUGCCUUGGAAGAAUUUAUGCUAAGCUAACUUUAUGUUUAUAAAAAAAUAAUCAGGAUCAUUAAGAUUGAGUAGAAGAGUAUUUGGCUUCCAUCUUAGUGAGCUUUAAUGGAUCCACUUCCAUCCAGUGCCUUGGGCAAUCCUAGGAGUUCAACCAACUGGUUACUGCAUUUCUUGCAUAUAUUAAAAAUAUAACUUGUAAAACACCAGUACUUUGUCUCUAAAUAUUGUAAUGGUAUAAUUUUGGCAAAUGUCUGCCACUAAUCAUAGAAACUACUACUAGGAUUAUAAGAAACAAUUCACCUGUUACUGAAAGAUAUAGAUGAUAACCAGUAUAAGGAAGAGAAAAGUGGUUGCAAUACUAGUUACAGGUUUAUCAGUAUUACUGACCUUCAUGUGCAAAUGUAUUUUGAAUAUAUUGUGAGAGUGCUGUAUCUACUCAGUCAACAUCAUCAGGUUACUGUAACCCCAUUUUUGAGUUACCUUUCUUUGGUGUCAUGUAUUUCCCCAUGUACAAAUGUUUAAAAUUUUAUGUUUUGCAUAUUAUUAAUGUCUACCUCAGAGCUGUAAUUCAGAAAGGUUUUUAAAAAAAUAAAGUGUCAGUACACUGUUAAAUAUUCCUGCAGAGUUGUGCUCGGCACAGGGGAGCACCUAGGCUUGUAUAUUUUCGUGGUAUAUCUGCAUAGUAUAUGAGAAGAUAUAUGGAACCGAUUGCUCCUUCUUCCAUAUGUUUAACCCUUCUGUAUCUGGCAAUACAGUUUGUGAUGCUAGACUUAUGGAAAAAAACGAUGCAGAAACAUGCCAAAAGAAUUACAGUAUGUUUUUGCAUUUUACCAGCGUUUCUUAAUUUCUCCUGUAUUCUCCCCUUGCAGGUUUUAUGGUUGUAAUUAAAAAGCAUGUCAUUUUAUUUCUGUCCAUCCCUUAAUGUCUCUUAGGAAAAUAAACAUUAAUAAACAAA